CGAGGCAUCAGUCAGCCGCCGCCGGGGCUGGGGUUCGGGAGGGGGCUGUUACUGGAGCUGGACGCGGCGGAGCUGAAGCUGGGCCGGGGCGGAGCGCAGCGCCGCGCCGGGGCCGCAAGGAGGGGUGUGUUGCUGCCGGCCCACCGCGAGCCACCGCCAGGCCGCCUGCCUCCGCCUUCCGCCUCCCUCCAUUUCCCCGGAAUUUCAGCCCGGCGCGCCUGCACCCCGGCCCUUCUCUGGGUGGGGAAGCUCCCGGCCGCUUUCCGGCUUCACUCCUUCCUCGCAGGCUGGGCUCCCAGCCCCCUCUCUUCUUUUCCUGGACUGGCUCCCACCCCCCGACCCCUCCUUUGGUCCCCUUCCUUUAGCUCAGGCUCCCUAACCCCUUCCCUUAGCUGAGUCCCAGCUCCUCAGUCACAUUCCUCAGCCAAGGGUGUCAGCCUUCCCUCUUCCUUUCCCUUGCCUGGGGUCCAACCUAUCCUGUCCCUUCCUCUGUCCUUAGGGUGCAGUCUCUUUCUCCCAUUCCCUUUCCCGGGCCUGGAGUUCCAGACCUUUUGGUCUCCUGUGGUCCUUUCUGGGUCCUUGUCCCUUUUCCCCAGUUUGGAGUUCUCCAUUGCAAACCCAGCCUCCCUCCAGCCCCAGAGAUCAGCUUCCACACAAAUACCUCUCAAAAACAUGAACUUUUCCUAGGGACUACCCCAGUCUGUCUUCUACCUGCUGACCCCUUGUUACCUAUGUCCCAGGUCUUACUCUCACUUUGCUAACAGUCAAGGCCUGCUGAACCAAGGGAUCAGCAUGAGGCUUCUGUGGUCUGGCAUCUGUGGCCGCGCUCCCCCGAGAAUCUUCCCUUCGUUGCUGGUGGUGGUAGCCUUGGCGGGGCUGCUACCUGUUCUCAGGAGCCAUGGCCUCCAGCCCAGCCCUACUGCCAGCACCAUCCGAGGCUCAGAGCCACCACGGGAACGCUCGAUUGGGGAUGUCACCACCGCCCCACCGGAGCUCGCCCCCGAAAGCCGCCCUGUUAACCAUUCCGUCACUGAACACAGCAUGAAGACUCGAAAGGCCUUUCCAGUCCUGGGCAUCGACUACACACAUGUGCGCACACCCUUUGAGAUCUCGCUCUGGAUCCUGCUGGCCUGCCUCAUGAAGAUAGGUUUCCACGUGAUCCCCACUAUCUCGAGCAUCGUCCCGGAGAGCUGUCUGCUGAUCGUGGUGGGGCUGCUGGUGGGGGGCCUGAUCAAGGGCGUGGGUGAGACUCCCCCCUUCCUGCAGUCGGACGUCUUCUUCCUCUUCCUGCUGCCGCCCAUCAUCCUGGAUGCGGGCUACUUCCUGCCGCUGCGGCAGUUCACGGAGAACCUGGGCACCAUUCUGAUCUUCGCCGUGGUGGGCACGCUGUGGAACGCCUUCUUCCUGGGCGGCCUCAUGUACGCCGUGUGCCUGGUGGGCGGCGAGCAGAUCAACAACAUCGGCCUCCUGGACAACCUGCUCUUCGGCAGCAUCAUCUCCGCCGUGGACCCCGUGGCCGUGCUGGCCGUCUUCGAGGAGAUCCACAUCAAUGAGCUGCUGCACAUCCUUGUCUUCGGGGAGUCCCUGCUCAACGACGCCGUCACCGUGGUCCUGUAUCACCUCUUUGAGGAGUUUGCCAACUAUGACCGGAUAGGCAUCGUGGACAUCGUCCUCGGCUUCCUGAGCUUCUUCGUGGUGUCUCUGGGUGGGGUGUUUGUGGGCGUGGUCUACGGGGUCAUUGCAGCCUUCACCUCCCGAUUCACGGCCCACAUCCGCGUCAUCGAGCCGCUGUUCGUCUUCCUCUACAGCUACAUGGCCUACCUGUCGGCUGAGCUCUUCCACCUGUCGGGCAUCAUGGCACUCAUCGCCUCGGGAGUGGUGAUGCGCCCAUACGUGGAGGCCAACAUCUCCCACAAGUCUCACACGACCAUCAAAUAUUUCCUGAAGAUGUGGAGCAGCGUCAGUGAGACCCUCAUUUUCAUCUUCCUCGGCGUCUCCACGGUGGCCGGCUCCCACCACUGGAACUGGACCUUUGUCAUCAGCACGCUGCUCUUCUGCCUUGUCGCCCGAGUGCUGGGGGUGCUGGGCCUGACCUGGUUCAUCAACAAGUUCCGAAUCGUGAAGCUGACCCCCAAGGACCAGUUCAUCAUCGCGUAUGGGGGCCUGCGAGGGGCCAUCGCCUUCUCCCUGGGCUACCUCCUGGACAAGAAGCACUUCCCCAUGUGUGACCUGUUCCUUACUGCCAUCAUCACGGUUAUCUUCUUCACCGUCUUUGUGCAGGGCAUGACCAUUCGGCCCCUGGUAGACCUGUUGGCUGUGAAGAAAAAGCAAGAAACAAAGCGCUCUAUCAACGAGGAGAUCCACACACAGUUCCUGGACCACCUUCUGACAGGCAUCGAGGACAUCUGUGGCCAUUAUGGUCACCACCACUGGAAGGACAAGCUCAACCGGUUUAACAAGAAAUACGUGAAGAAGUGUCUGAUAGCCGGGGAGCGCUCCAAGGAGCCACAGCUCAUCGCCUUCUACCACAAGAUGGAGAUGAAGCAGGCAAUCGAGCUGGUGGAGAGCGGGGGCAUGGGCAAGAUCCCUUCUGCUGUCUCUACCGUCUCCAUGCAGAACAUCCACCCCAAGUCCCUGCCUGCCGAGCGCAUCCUGCCGGCACUGUCCAAGGACAAGGAGGAGGAGAUCCGCAAAAUCCUGAGGAACAACCUCCAGAAGACCAGGCAGCGGCUGCGGUCCUACAACAGACACACGCUGGUGGCAGAUCCCUACGAGGAGGCCUGGAACCAGAUGCUGCUCCGCAGACAGAAGGCCCGGCAGCUAGAGCAGAAGAUCAACAACUACCUGACCGUGCCCGCCCACAAGCUGGACUCACCCACCAUGUCGAGGGCCCGCAUUGGCUCAGACCCGCUGGCCUAUGAGCCAAAGGCCGACUUGCCUGUUAUCACCAUCGACCCAGCCUCCCCGCAGUCGCCUGAGUCUGUGGACCUGGUGAAUGAGGAGCUGAAGGGCAAGGUUUUGGGGCUGAACCGGGAUCCAGCCAGGGUGGCGGAGGAGGACGAGGAUGACGACGGGGGCAUUGUGAUGCGGACCAAGGAGCCCUCUUCCCCGGGCACGGAUGAUGUCUUCACCCCUGGGCCAAGUGACAGCCCCAGCUCCCAGAGGAUACAGCGCUGCCUCAGUGACCCAGGUCCCCACCCUGAGCCUGGGGAAGGAGAGCCUUUCAUCCCCAAGGGGCAGUAGCGCUGGGGUCAGUGGGCAGUGCCCGUCCCACCACAGACUCUCCCACCAGAGCAGGGGCUGCUGGGGGAGCUGGGGGCUCCCUUCGUCCUUCCUGACCUGGAUUGGCCCUGCCCCUCCCCCGACCGCAUGGCAGCUGGGCCCACAGCCCCCACCGCAGCACGGCUUCCCCCUGCCUCCUGGGAAGCACCCUCCCUCCCACCAGAACUGCCUUCCCAAUCCAUCUGGCAGAACUGUUGGUCUGUGAGGCAGACCCUGCCCCUUCCGGAUUCAGGCUCUCUCCCAAACCCGGCCUAGAGCCUCAAGAUUCCCAGCCCUCAGAGGCCUGCCCCCUACUCCAUCAACCUCAUUCAAACCAAUCUGAGUUCCUAACCAAAGAGCCUCUGGCUCAGCCUUGAUCCCACCUGGAAAGGGAAGGAGCCAAGACCUCUCUCGGCCUAGGCCGGGCCCUACAUUAACAGCGGAAAGACUGGGGAACCAAUCAUCCGACUGGGGGAGGGAUCGGUGACACACAGCAGGCAGGCGCACCCUCCUCCUGCCAGCUCUGUCACCCUGGCCAGCCCCCCUGACCUGAAGUUGGGGUGCUUUGGACAGUGAUGUGACUUAGCUUUCCACACUGCUCCAGUGGGGACCACUGGACCCUUCAGGGGCUACUGUCAGGGGAGGGGCUGUCAGAGGCUCCAGAAAGUGCUGCCUUUUUAUCUGUUUUGUUUGUUCACACUCCAUGUAUGAUUCAAUUUGCACAGAGGGCAUUCCUGUUUUUAAAAACAUUUUGAGAACCCCUGGCUUAACAGAGCUCUAGCCCUCCUAAUCCAGAGAAUUACCCCUCCUCGUCUGUGCCUGUCUGCGCAACACUCCCCCAAAUCGGUCCUCUGCCUCCUGGGCUCUUAACUGUGGCCCCAAGGCUAUGAUUUUAGAAGUGACUUCUUCCACUCCAAUUCAUGAUUCUAACUCACUGAUGCUGGGCUCCUGACCUUCUGUGCUCUUGGGCCUGACCCUCAGUUCCUGCUGGCCUAUCCUCUCUCUCAUCCCUCUCCACCGCCUUGGCCCCUGGACCCCUUAUGCCCAUCACGCCCAGCUUGCUGUGGAGCCCAGUCCUUAGGGGAGAAGGCCUCCCCGAGCAUCUCCCACCCCACCAGGACUGGAGGGUGGGCAGAGUCCCGGGCCCCCAGAGGCCUUUGCUCACAGGCACACACACCCACCCCCACCGCCACCAUGGCCAGGCCCAGGCCUAUUGGUGUCUGUCCUACCCGAGGAUUGUGCAAUAGUCAGAGUGUCCCUCUUCCCAGCAGACUGGGCAGUGGGCUCCUCUGCCCCCCUCCUCUCCAUGCAAGUGCUGUUUUGGGCAGGAGUCACCAUGCAAGGGUGAUGUUGACAACCAUGUUCGAAGCCCCCACAGCUGCUGCUGCUCUGCCACCCGUACAGAAGAAACCGGAUCUUUUUCAUAUUCUAAUAAAUCUGUGUGAGUUUUUAUAGAGUUGAGGGCUGCUUCCUAGGGACCAGGACUUCCGGAAGGAUGGUGGCCUGGGGGCCUGAAGGACUUAGCUCAGUGGCUGGCACAGAGAAACUCUAAUCCCUUUCAGCUGCUGGCAUGGCUAUUACUGUGCACCGGACACCCGAGACAGAGCAGUGAACAAAGCAGGGCGCUCCCUGCCCUCAGGUGCCUUCAGCCUCUCGGGUGACAGCGUCCAUCACAGACAUGCCAGGAAAAACCCAACGUGUGUGCGAAUGACAGGGAAUGAAGGAGGGGAGCGGAGGGGUGGCAAGGACUGUCCUGAGUCAUCUUAGGAAAGGACUAGAGAACGAACUGAGGUUAACCGGGUGAAGAAGGUUUCGGAGAGUUCCUGAAUAUUCUAAUCGGGAGCUGCACUGGCAAAGACCCUAGGAUCUGAGAAAAGGCGGGUUUGGCUGGCUCAAAGGGUGACAGGAAGGGAGGCAAAGAUGGGACCUAGCGGUCCUCGGUUAGAUUUCGGUUUAUACGAAGGGCAGAAUGGGAAGGUUCUGUCACCUGUAAAGUGGGGACAAUAGCGUGGAUCAAAGUGCUCAGGUGUGUAAGGAUCAGCACAGUGUGGGGUCCAGCGGGCUCAGUUCAGCGGAGGUUGGAUCCCUGAGGUGCAUUUCCAGGAGCUGACCACCAGAGGGCAGUGGGGCCUUGGCACACACCCCCGGCACCCCUGGAACCCGGGCUGUUCUGAAAAGCGUCUUGUUUGCUCAGCCUGGGAGGCUGGAGUGGUCAGUGCCAAAAGGCCUGUCGGGAAGGACCAUAGCAUCCAUUCCUGUAUCAGCCGGUUCCCCGACAAGAAACAGAUGGUACGCUCAAAGGGAUAGCGAAGAGCCUUCAGCUAAAAGAUUCUUUACAGAGGUGUAGGCAGGGUGAAGGGAACCUAGCAGGCAUGCGGCCCAGGGGACUCACACUACAGGGAAGCUGUUAUAACCCCUGGACCUGAAGAGCAAGAGGAGGAAGCUGUUACUAUGGGAGAGGGCUGCCCUGCUGCUGCCUCCCCUCGGCCAAACCGUCGGAAAGCCAGAAGGGAAGGCCCCCGAGUGACUUCACUGAAUUCGGCCCACAGAGGUCAGCCUUGCAGUAAAUGGAGCAAGGGGAGAGUGGAUUGAGGGGAGAGGACAUCUGAGCAGAGCUGUUCCUUUUGCCCCUCUACCACCCACCCAUCCUUCAGAUGAAAAACUCCUGUCUCUAUUAUUUAAUGAUUAUAGAAUUUCCGUUUAGGAUGAUGAAAAGUUUUAGAAAUAGUUUGGGGUGAUGGUUACACACUGUGAAGGUACGAAGUGCCCUGGAUCGUUCACUUUAAAAUGGCUCAUUUUAGGUUAUGUGCAUUUCAGCUCAAUUUUUUAAAAAUGGAAGGAAAGCUCAUCCCCACCAGGAAAACCAGUCUCAUCAGCCACUGCCUCCUUGUCAGACACCAUGUUCUUGUCCUCCUUCAGUCAUACCCUUUAACUUAAAAUGUUCGUCAUCACGGGCUCUUGCAGCAAGAUGGGCGGUGGGGUGCAGAAAACAACAGAAACACACCACAGCACCACCUUCUGCAGCUGGUCACAAGGCUUAGUUCAGCACUCGACGGCAUCCUCCUUCCACCCACUUCUAUGCCCCUCUUACCAGGGGCCAGCUCUCUGGCUGGUUGGGUUCUUUACCUGGUGGGGGUGCCCUAUGCCUUUAUUCCUAUGCAACUCAGGUUCUGCUUGGUCUCAGGUUCGUUGGGUUGCCAACUUUCCCACUGAUGGCCAUUAUUGGACAUGGGAGAUCCAAGAGGCACCCAGUCAAUCCUCUGGAUUCCAGAUGUAGCCUUCCUGCCCAUUCCCCAUUUUCCUUCUGGUAAUCUAGAUUAAUCACACUACCUGUUACAGUUGACCCCCUCUCUGCCUUUAGGUUAGGUGACAUACAGAGCUCAAAAUGACCCAAGGGAAGACUCUACUUCCAAUUUAAAGGAAGCACAUAUGUGUUCCCUGGAGGAAGUAUUCCUUCUUUGGGUACUAAGGACUCCAGGCCCACUGAACCCAAAGUUGAGGGGAUAGAAAGCAAAAAUCCCCGCAGUGGGUUAUUUGGAAUAAUAUUGAGAGAAGCCAUUCCCAUCCCUACCCCUCAGUCCCUGGGCCUCUGCGUUCUGGCCAGGAGAGCUGGAGCCAGAUUUUGGCCACUGAUUUAAAGCAGGGACUGCAUACUACCUGUCAGCCUCACCUUGCAGAGCAGUAUCUCCCGGCUGGUGCUGUCACACUGUUCUAUCCAUUCAGCUACUUUUGAGUGACAGGGCACAUUGUAAGUCCAAUGCAUUAAGACCAUUGCUGUAUGCCACUCACCAUAGAAUGAAGUUAGGCAAUGUGUGGGAUAGCAUAGUGGUGAAGAAGGCAUUCUGGAAAGUCCAGAGAUGAUGGUGCUGGCUGAAGCCUUGCAGGCAGGGAAGGGAAGUUCAUAUCAGAAAUAUGUAUUUAUUACCAUGAGCUAAUAAGUUACUGUUCCCUUCAUAAAAGAAGGGGUUAGUGUAAUCAACCUGCCAAUGGGUAGCUAGAUGGUCCCCCUGGAACGGUGGUUCUCAAAGUUUUGGUCUCAGAAAUCCUUUACAUGCUUAAAAAUUAUUGAAAAAAUUAUAUUCUUAAAAAUUGUAAAGGGCUUUUGUGGGGGUCAUAUUUAUUUUGCUGGAUGAGAAAUUAAACUUUUAUUUAUUUGUCAGAGAGAGCACAAGCAGGGGGAGCAGCAGGCAGAGGGAGAAGCAGGCUCCCUGCUGAGCAAGAAGCCCAAUACGGGAUUCGGUCCCAGGAUCCUGGGAUCAUGACCUAAGCCAAAGGCAGAGGCAACCGACUGAGCCACCCAGGUAUCCCUGAGAAAUUAAGCUUUAAAAUAGUCAUUUAGAAUUAAUAAAUCUAUUACAUGUUAAUACAAAUAUAAAGUUUUGAAUGAAACAUAACUUUUAAAACAAAAACUGUGAGUAGAGCAGCAUUAUUCAACAUUUUUGCAAAUCUCUAAAGAGAUUUGGCUUAAUGCAAGACGCUAGAUUCUCAAAUCUGCUUCAGCAUUUAGUCUGUUGUACAUAUGUCAGCCCUCUGGAAAAUUCCACUAUACACUCAUGAAAGAAUGACAAUGAAAUAGGCAAAGAAUGACUUGGUAUUAAUAUGAAGGUAGGUUUGACCUCACAGAACUCCUGAAAGAAUCUUGGCGAACCCCCAGGGGUUCCUAGUUUACACUUUGAGAACCAUUGCCCCAGGGAAUGGUACCACAUAGGAAACUCAGCUUGGUCUUUGCUGCUGGCAGCCAGGUGGCUCAGAAGUGCCAGCUGCCCAUCGGAUUAGGUGAGGAAAAUAUGUUGAGCUUAUAUGUAUUUUCUAUGGCUGCUGGAAUAAAUUACCACACAUUUAGUGGCUUCAA